AUGGCAUAUGCUUCUUUAAAGAACCAACAGAUCUUUAGAUUGUUACAUCCAAAUACAGAGGUGUCAGAAGAUGCAACACCACUCAACAAAGCAAAUCGGGAUUUCCGACUUCAGUGCAUGAAGGCGAUGGGACUUGACCCAAAGAAUGAGAAAGUGUAUUUUGGAGGAAAGUUUAAGGUGGCGAUCGAAAUGUCAUGUUUAUCGCCAAGGUGUUACAGCGCAUUAUUAUCUGUGUUUGAGCGAUUCGAUGAGUUUCCAAAUUUCAUAAACACCUCCACCUUCAGAGAAGCAUGUGGCUUCAAAGAUGAGGGGAAAUUAUUCACCCUGUUGAAUGGUUUGGCUGAUGGAAACAUCAGCAGGAAGGACUUCAACAAGGCGUUAGCAGAUGCCAAGCCACAUAAUCGAGAGAGACGAGAGAUGUUGAUGGAGGAGAAUGCCGAGGUAAGAAACAAUGAGUAUAAAUAUAUAAUUUUGAAACCGUUUACAAACAUUGUAAUGUAGAAUGCCCACUAUGCCUCAGAAAUGCUGUAAUUUUUAUUUCUCUCAACUUUAAUAUUUCUGGUAUCUCGUAUCAGUUUUUUUGCUCUAACUUAUUUAUUUUUAAAUUAACUUAACAUACUGACACCAACAUCGUCUUCAUAAAACAAGAUUCCUCACUCCAUCAUCAAUUUUUUUCAGAGUUAUCUUCUCCUUUAUCUUAAAAUUUUCCUUAUUUUUUCUGUUACUUCUUUAUUUUUUCAUGCAUUGAAUUCAGAAUUCAAAAUAUGUUUGUCAUAUGUCAUUAGAUUUAUAAUUAUUGCUUCUGUAAUCCAGAAUUAGGUCCAUUUAGUAUUAUGAAUUAUG